AUGUCAACUCCUGGGUCGGCGUGCUCAAAGCUUUGGAUUAGAUCAGCCUCAAACUAUGGGCUGUUAUAUCUGCCGGCGGAAAAGAGCUGGCCAAGGACAAGUUGCUCAAGGUCAGCCACGGCGGCCUCGGUGCCCAUGGAGCUCAUGAAGACGAAACGACUUGCUCGGAGCUCGGCGACCCCGGGCAAGCUGGUAGAACCAAUCGAGUCCGCAAAUUGGUUCUCGUCUCUGCGGACGCUGCAGGAGUGUGCUCUCUGCCCCGAUAUGGAGUUGCAUACGAGUUCUUGGGAAAGGCUUGAAGACAGUUGCGGCACCACCAUCCCCCUUCGAGCCCUCAUUUUUCUCCGUUUCGAGAGUCAACAAAUGUUGACCAAUCCGAAAGACGACUCCAAGACUAUUUGGUAUUUGGGCGGGAUAAGAGAUUUCAAGGCCAGCGAACUGCAGUAG